AGAUGGCGCGAUCCUGGCGGUUGGUCGCAGAAGUGCCGGCAAAGAGUGCGGGUAAACGCCUCUGUGACUGUCAUCCAGGCGUCCCAAACUUUGACAGCUGAAGCUUCGAUGGACUGUGAAACUGGAGCACGACCUACAGCAGAAUGCCCUGGCGUCUGUCGUAUCCAGUGUCGUUGCCAUACUACCGCCAGGAUCGUGGCUGGCAGCACCGUGACACAUCUAUGACGUCAUCAGGCUGAACUUGAGGGACAACAGUCGAGGGCUCCUUAAGCAUACUAGUCAGAGACCCGCUUCAGGCAACGUACUACAACAGCACCUCCCAUCAACGCCAGGGUUAGAACCGUCCAAGUCAUGUCUCUGUCUGGUCGCCUUGCGAUUGUAACUGGAGGUGGAAGCGGAAUAGGACGAGCGGUUUGUUAUGCUCUGGCGGACGAAGGUGCCACGGUGAUAGUUGCUGACAUCGAUGGAGGUGCGGCGGGAAACACCGCAGUUGAACUCCCAGGCGAAGGUCACCAGGCCCUUGAGGUGGACGUUAGAGAGAUGACGUCUGUAUUGGCACUUUUUGAGAACGUGUGCGACUCGUGCAGUACUCCUGUGAGUAUUGUCGUCAACUCGGCCGGUGUAAUCAAGGCUACUAAAGUGGUAGAAAUGGAAGAGGACAGCUUUGACGACGAAGUGAGGACUAACCUCAAGGGCACCUUCCUGGUGAACCAGGCUGCAGUCAAGGAUAUGCUCUCUAGCGGCGUACCAGAGGGCUGUAUCGUGAACGUGUCAAGCAUUGGCUUCAAGACAGGCUUUCCUUCUUAUUCCGCUCACACUGCCUCCAUGGCCGGAGUGGUGGCCUUCACCAAGUCGCUGGCCCAAGAACUCGUGGAAACGAACAUUCGCGUGAACGCGCUCGUGGCUGGUCCCACGGACACGCCGAUGAUAGCCGAUGUCCCCGAUGAUGUCAAAGAAAAAGUCGUAGCCUCGAUUCCUCUUCGCAGGCUCGCGCGUCCUGAAGAGAUCGCCGAAGUGGCGAAAUUUUUGUGCUGCCCCGGUAGCUCAUUUGUUACUGGCACCGCCGUGGAAGUGGCGGGAGGAUACUGUGCUUGAAGGGUUGUUGUGUUUUUGACCAUGGAGGCAGACUGCUCGCAGAGUGCAGAGUAAAGUGCUUGCUUUGUCUGGCCACAAAGGCAGACUGCUUAAAGGG